UGUGGCCACACAGAAACAGACAGACACAGAGAACAGAUUCCAAGGCCCGAACCAUCACAGAGAAGUUUCUUUUUUGAUGACUCUUUUUCUUCAGUCAAGGAGGGAAUCUGCCUGCUGCUGCUGCUGCUGCUUAAAUUAAAUAAACUGCAAGGCAACUAGCAGUGGACAUGGCUGGUUGUCUGCAAAGCUCCCAGCUUUGUAAAAAGUGGGAAUUUUUCAAAUACCUGCUUGUGACUUUUUCUCUGAGCUUCUGUGUCACCUCAGUUUAUGCAGAGCCAUUUGGUCCAGCUCACCUCCAUUACCACAAGUCUGGACCUAAUGAAGACACUAUUGUCAUCGCUAACAAUGGGAUCAGGGUACCUUUUGGGAGGUCUGUGUUUCUGGACCCCGUGAAUGACCUGGUAACAGAAGUGCAGCCUGGUGACCGUUGCCAAAUCACAGUUCUGGACAAUGACCCGCUGGCCCAGAAACCUGGGAUGUUGACCCCUAAAAAGUUUCCCUGCUCUUUUGGACCAGAUGAAGUGAAAUACACUCAUUUUGGAUCUCGGAGCCCCAGUAAGGAUCGUGUGAGGCUGCAGCUUCGUUAUGACUCCCACACAGACACAGUUAUUGUUCCUUUCAUGCUGGAAGUGGAGGUGGUUUUCCAGCAGCUUGAGAUCCUCACCAGGAAUAUGCCCCUUAAUGUUGAAAAGCUCAAUGGAGACAGCAACCCUAUUGACAAAAAGGGUCUGGAGUUUUCCUAUGAGGAUGGUGUCACACAGUGUAAAAUCGCCACUCUGGUCGGCACUGGAGGUCUCCCCAGGUAUGGAACUCUUUUGAAUAGUCCCUCCAAUGGCCAAAUGAUUGACUGUGAUGAGUUUGUGAAACAGGGAAUUCGCUACAAACAUACUGCUAAAACCAAUUCACCAAACAGAGACUAUGUUCCAAUGAUGGUAGAGCUGCAGGAUACUGAAGGCAACACUAUAAUGCAAGAGUUUUUCCAAAUGAUGGUUAGAAUCAGAGAAGGUGCAGAGAACACUGCUCCAAAACCCAGCUUUGUAGCCAUGAUGAUGAUGGAGGUUGAUCAGUUUGUGAUGACAGCAAUUACAAGUGACAUGCUGGCUGCUGAAGAUGUCGAAUCUGACCCAGAUGAUUUAAUCUUUAACAUUACUUCACCUCUGAGCCCCCAGCACGGCUACAUUAUCAGCACAGACGAUCAGAAUCUGCCUAUCACCUCCUUCUAUCAGAGAGACAUCAAAGACCUCAAAAUAGCUUAUAAGCCACCCUCAGAGGACUCAGAGCAGGAGAGGAUUUUCCAGCUAGAGUUUGAAAUUGUAGAUACAGAUGGAUCAGUGUCUGAUACAUUUGCUUUUAUGAUUGUGGUAAAGCCUAUGAAUACCUUGGCUCCAGUUGCAACCAAAAAUACAGGGCAGCUAUUGUUUGAAGGGCAGUCCCGAUCUCUCUCCAGCUCCCAGAAUUUAGAGAUCAGUGACGAGGAUAACCUGGAAGAUGUGAGAAUAACAGUUGUUGAUGGCUUAAAGCAUGGAGACCUCACCGUGCUCGGCUCACGCAGGAAAUUCUUUACACCCGCCGAUCUAGAUGCUGGAAUUGUCGUGUACCAGCAUGAUGGCAGCGACACCUAUAGCGACAACAUUAUUUUUAGAAUGACCGAUGGCAGAAAUGAAGUAGAAUUUUUGUUCCCCAUCACCAUUGCUCCCACUGAUGACGAGCCCCCCAUUAUUAAUGCCAACACUGGCCUAGUGCUGUUCAAGAAUGAAAUUAUGCAGAUUUCUCCCUUCAUCCUGAGCGCUACAGAUAUUGAUUCAGAAGAUGCCACGAUUAAGUUUAUCUUGGAAGCACCGUACUCCACUGUAGGCGAGCUUCUGCUGAGGCAAGCAGAGUCACCCUCUGACCCGUCUCUCUGGAAGUUCAGUGAGACAGAUGAGAUGUUUGAGCAGGUGGUGACUGAAUGGUUCCAGCAGGAUAUUCUCGAUGGAAAGCUGUUCUAUCGCCACAUCGGACCCCAUAGCACUACCACUGUGAUCGAUCAGUUUGUGUUCCGGGUACAGGAUGACAAUGACCCUCCAAAUCAAUCAGGCGAGCACAUGUUCACCAUCAAAAUCCAUCCUGUAGAUGACCUUGCCCCCGAGCUUUUCCCAGGCACCACCCUUCACAUGACAGUCCAGGAAUAUGAGCUCACAUACUUCAGGAAGAAAUUCUUGUGUUAUACUGAUCUAGACUCAGAUGACAGAGACCUGAAGUACACCAUAGCUAAGCCUCCGACUGACACAGAUGAGAACAAUCCAGCUCCCUUGGGGGAAAUUGUACUGACUGACAGCCCUGACACUGUAAUUACAGAGUUUACACAAGCCCAGGUUAAUCACCACAAAGUAGCUUACAAGCCUCCAGACCAGGAACUGGGCAUCACUCCAAAAGUGGCUCAGUUCACAUUCACUGUGGAAGACACAGCUGGUAACACAGUAGAUGGACUAUUCACCAUUUUCCUACAGCCAGUUGACAAUAAACCCCCGCUUAUCACCAACACAGGGUUCACUGUUAUGGAAAGAAGUGUCUAUGUUAUCACAAAGAAAGAGCUGCAUGCCACUGACACAGAUACAGAUGAUGAAAAUAUCAUCUUCACCGUGACCCUGAUUCCUCGAUAUGGGCAGCUGCAGUAUUUGGGGAUUGACAUGUCAAACGGUGAAACAUUCGUGCUUGAAGACAUUGCAAAUGGCCGCCUAACUUACAUCCAUGGAGGAGAGGAAUCCCUCGGUGAUGCCAUCAAACUUUCUGUGAGUGACGGUUUCCACGAGGUACCCAUCACCAUGAAGAUCACCAUUGAGCCAGUCGAUGAUGAGACCCCCACAAUUAUGCUUCCAUCCGGCCUGCUCGGAGCCGCCAUCGAUGUACUGGAGAAUGGAGCAACAGAGAUAACGAGUAGUGUCAUUCAGGGCCGCGAUGAAGACACAGAUGACCUCAUGCUCACUUUUAUUGUGGAAGAACCUCCCAGACUGGGGGAGAUCCUGGUUAAUGGUGCCCCCGCUGAGAGGUUCACCCAGGAGGACAUCAUAAACGGUGUGGUGGUGUAUGCUCACACAUCCGGUGAAAUUGGUCCAGUCAGAGCACACGACUCCUUCAACCUCACUCUGUCUGAUAUGUCAGAUCAGUGGGUCGUUGGUGGAAACAAGGUCCAAGGUGUGACAGUUCACGUCACCAUCCUUCCUGUUGACAGCAUCCCACCUAUUGUCAGUGUUGGAGAGCAGUUUGUUGUAGUGGAGGGGGAAAAGAAUGUCAUCACACUGGAUCACAUUCAGGCUGAGGAUGUAGACACAAACAAUGAUGACAUCCUGUGCACCAUCAUUGUCCAACCAACAUCUGGUUAUGUGGAGAACAUCUCACCAGCUGCAGGUUCUGAGAAAUCAAGAGCUGGGACUGCCAUUACUGCCUUUACAAUUAAAGACAUCGCCCUCGGUCAUAUCUACUAUGUCCAAAGCAUCCAUAAAGGGGUUGAACCUGUGGAAGACCGUUUUACUUUCCGCUGCUCAGAUGGUAUUAACUUCUCCGAACGACAUUUCUUCCCCAUAGUCAUCAUUCCAGCUAAUGAUGAGAAGCCAGAGAUUUUCAUCCGUGAGUUUGUGGUGAUGGAGGGCAUGAGUCUGGUUAUUGACACACCAAUUCUGAACGCAGCUGAUGCUGACAUCCCUGGGGAUGAGCUGCACUUUGAGAUCAUAAAAAACCCCAAACAUGGUACAAUAGUUCAGCAGCUCAGCACCGGCACCAUCCCUGUAGAAAAGUUCAACUUGGAACAGAUCAAAGAAGCUUCCAACAUUGUGUAUGAACAUGACGACUCUGAGACCAAAGAGGACAGCUUUGAAGUCAGGCUAUCUGAUGGGAAACACAAAGUAGAAAAAACUGUUCUCAUCAUGGUUAUUCCUGUUGACGAUGAGACACCCAGAAUGGCUAUUAAUGACGGCCUUGAUGUUGAGAUUGGAGAGACAAAAGUCAUCAGCAACAGGGUUUUAAAAGCAACAGAUCUUGACUCUGAAGACAAAGACCUCACAUAUGUUGUACGAUAUGGUCCUGGCCAAGGCUACCUUCAGCGUAUCACUAAAUUUGGUGACGUUGUAGGGAACAUCACCCUAGGAAUGAAUUUCUCACAGGACGAAAUCGACAAACAACUCAUUCAGUAUGUGCACACAGGCCAAGAAGGGAUCCGUGACCUGCUGAAAUUUGACGUCACAGAUGGCAUCAAUCCACUUAUUGACCGUUACUUUUACAUCAACAUUGGAAGUAUUGACAUGGUUUUUCCAGAUGUUGUCAACAAAGGCGUGACUCUCAAAGAAGGUGGCAAAGUAACUCUUACCACUGACCUCCUCAGCACCACAGACAUUAACAGUCCAGAUGAAUACCUCAGCUUUAGCAUCACAAGAGCACCUAGUAGAGGACACUUAGAGAGUACUGACCACCCAGGUGUUCCCAUUUCUACAUUCACCCAACUGCAGCUUGCCGGCAACAAGAUCUACUACAUCCACACCUCUGAUGAUGAGAUGAAAAUGGACAGCUUUGAGUUUGAGGUGACAGAUGGUUACAAUCCUGUCUUCCGAACCUUCCGAGUGUCCAUCACUGAUGUAGAUAAUAAAAAACCUGUGUUGACUGUAAACAAGCUGUUUGUGGAGGAGGGAGAAACCAAACUCAUCACACCAUUUGAGUUGACAGCUGAGGACCGGGACACCCCUGACAACCUGUUGCGUUUCAUCGUCACGCAGGUGCCAGUGCACGGCCAGCUGCUUUUCAACAACACUAAACCAAUCACAACCUUCACCAAGCAGGACCUGAAUGAGAACCUUAUCAGCUAUAAGCAUGAUAGCACUGAGACCAACGAAGACAGCUUCUCUUUCACUGUCACAGAUGGAACUCAUACCGACUUUUAUGUCUUCCCUGAUACUGUGUAUGAGACACGCAAGCCCCAGAUGAUGACCAUUUUUAUCAAUACAGUGGACAACGGUGUCCCCCAGAUUGUGGUAAACAAGGCUGCUGCUUCACUGAAAGUCCUCCAUACAGGACACCUGGGCUUUCUGAUCACCAGCAAGGUCCUUCGAUCAGAGGACCGAGACAGUCCCCAAAGGGUCCUGAAGUACACUGUGUCUGAGGCUCCACUGCAUGGCUUCAUCAUAAACACUGCGCUGGGCAAUGACAGCAUCAAGACAUUCUCACAAGCUGAUAUCAAUGACAUGAAGAUCUGUUAUGUGCUGCUGGAUGGGAGCAACGCCACAAGUGACAUCUUCUACUUCACAGUCGAAGACAACGGUGGAAAUAAACUGAAACCUCAGCCAUUCCGGCUCAACUGGGCCUGGGUCUCUCUGGAGAGGGAAUACUACUUGGUGGAUGAGGAUGCCAAAUUCCUGGAGGUGACACUGAAACGCAGAGGCUACCUGGGAGAAACCUCCUUUGUCAGUAUCGCAACUAAGGAUGGCACAGCUGAGAAGGACAAAGACUUCCGUGGUAAAUCCCAGAAGCAGGUCCAGUUCAACCCAGGCCAGACUACAGCCACCUGGAAGGUGAAGAUCUUCACAGACCAGGAGUUUGAGACCUCAGAGACCUUUGAGAUACAGCUGUCAGACCCAGUCAUGGCGGUGCUGGAGUUUCCCGACACUGCAACAGUGGAGAUAGUGGACCCUGGAGAUGAAUCGACUGUCUUCAUUCCUCAAGCAGAAUUUAAGAUAGAGGAGGACAUCGGAGAGCUGUUAGUGCCGGUCCGACGUUCAGGAGACGCCAGCCAGGAACUCAUGGUGGUUUGUUACACUCAGCAAGGCUCCGCUACUGGCACCAUCCCCAGCACUGUCCUGUCCUACUCUGAUUACAUCACCCGACCCGAGGACCACACCAGCGUGCUGCGCUUUGAUAAAGAUGAGCGAGAGAAAAUCUGCCGUAUCAUUAUCAUCGAUGACUCCCUGUACGAGGAGGAGGAGAGCUUCAAUGUCAGCCUCAGCAUGGCCAUGGGCGGCCAGCUGGGCGCCAAAUUCCCGUCGGCCAAAGUCACCAUUUUGGCAGACAGCGAUGACGAGCCUUCACUGUACUUUGGGGAGCCUGAGUAUGUGGUGGACGAGAGUUCAGGCUAUGUCGAGGUGAAGGUCUGGAGGACAGGAACGGACCUGUCCAAGACCGCCACCGUCACCGUCCGCUCCAGGAAGAGCGAGCCCGUUUCUGCAGAAGCUGGACUAGACUAUGUUGGUAUUAGUCGCAACCUGGACUUUGCCCCCGGGGUGACGAUGCAGACAUUUAGAGUGACUAUCCUGGAUGACCUGGGUCAGCCGGAGCUGGAGGGGCCUGAGACCUUUGACCUGGUGUUGCGGAUGCCAAUGAAUGCUGUGCUAGGAGAACCGAGCAAGACCACCAUCACAAUCAAUGAUACUGUCACUGACCUGCCGAAGGUUCAGUUUAAGGAAGGAAGCUACAAAGUGGACGAGUCGGACGGAGAGGUCAAAGCCACAGUGUACCGUAGUGGAGACAUCAGCCUCAGAUCCACGGUGCGCUGUUACACUCGCCAAGGCUCUGCUCAGGUCAUGAUGGACUACAGCGAGAGGCCAAAUACUGACGCGUCAGUCAUCACUUUUAUGCCAGGUGAGACUGAGAAGCCGUGUGUGGUGAGCCUGAUGGACGACUCCGUCCAUGAGGAGGACGAGGAAUUCCGCUUGGUGCUGGGAACUCCCAAGAGCAAGUCUCAGUAUGGAGCCUCUAUCGGGGAGCAGAAGGAAGCACUGGUCACUGUCACAGACGAGAAAGACAAGCCCAUCAUCCGUUUCUCUGAGAUCAAGUACAGCGUGCGUGAGCCACAAGUGAAAGGUGAUGUGGCAAUAGUGAAGAUUCCUAUUUUGCGUUUUGGAGAUACUUCAAAGGUCUCAGUGGUGAGAGUGCACACUAAGGACGGCUCUGCAACCUCUGGAGAUGACUACAACCCGCUGUCAGAGGACGUGGAGUUCAAGGAAGGUGAGAAGGAACACUUUGUGGAGAUUGAGAUCCUUUAUGACGGUGAAAGAGAGAUGAGAGAGGCCUUCAUUGUACACAUGAAGCCUGAUGACAACAUGGUGGCUGAAAUACAGAUGAACAAGGCCAUUGUGUACAUUGAGGAGAUGGACAGUGUAGCGGACGUUACUUUCCCGGCAGUGCCUCAGGUGGUUUCUCUGCUCAUGUAUGAUGACACAGCUAAAACCAAAGACAAGCCCCAUCCACCCAACGGGUACCCUGUUGUGUGCGUGACGGCCUGCAACCCUAAGUACCAUGACUUUGAUAAAACGGGUUCCAUCUGCUCCGCGGAAAACAUCAACGACACUCUCACCCAGUACCGCUGGCUCAUCAGCGCUCCCACUGGAUCAGAUGGAGUAACCAGCCCCAUGAGGGAGGUGGACACUAACACCUUCUUUACCAACACCAAGUCCAUCACCUUGGAUUCAAUCUACUUCCAAGCAGGCUCUAGAGUUCAGUGUGCAGCGAGAGCCUUCAACACCAAUGGAGAUGCUGGUCUGGAGCUGUCCAGUCCCAUUACUGUGAUCAGCAAAGAGGAGGGUAUGUGUCAGCCUCGUAUCCCAGGUACUGUUGGAGCUGAACCUUUCUCUGCUAAGAUCCGUUACACUGGCCCUGACGAUCCUGACUUCCCCAACCUCAUCAAGCUAACUGUCAAUAUGCCUCACAUGGACGGAAUGUUGCCAGUAAUCUCAACAAGGCCUCUGUCCAACUUCGAGCUCACCCUGAGCCCAGACGGCACACGUGUUGGCAACCACCGCUGCUCCAACUUGCUGGACUUCAAUGAGAUCCAAACCGGACAUGGCUUCAUCACAGACGCAACAAAGAACCCUGAAAUCAUUGGGGAGACUUCACCCUACCAAUACAACACUAUCAUGCGUUCAGCCAACUCUCUGCGCUUCUACAGGAACCUUAACUUGGAGGCCUGUCUCUGGGAGUUCACCAGCUACUAUGACAUGUCCGAGCUGCUCAAUGACUGUGGAGGCUCCAUAGGCACCGAUGGACAGGUGCUGAACCUGGUCCAGUCCUACGUCACUCUGCGUGCUCCUCUGUUUGUGUCCUACGUCUUCCACUCUCCGGUAGCUGUGGGAGGCUGGCAGCACUUUGACCUCCAGUCGGAGCUCAAACUCACUUUUGUGUACGAUACAGCUAUUCUGUGGCAGGACGGCAUUGGCAGUCCACCUGAAGCUGAGCUACAAGGAGCCAUGUACCCCACCAGCAUGCGUAUAAAUGAAGAGGGCCGUCUUGUGGUCAACUUCAAAACCGAGGCACGCUUCAGGGGCCAGUUUGUUAUGUCUCAUCCAGGAACCAGCGUGUCAUCCAUGGUGAUGUGUGCUGACCACCCUGGGCUGACGUUCACGCUCGCCCUGGUCAGGACUGAGCCCACCUACAACCAGCCCAUGCAGCAGUGGAGUUUCGUCUCAGAUUUUGCUGUGCGAGACUACUCUGGGACGUACACAGUGAAGUUGGUCCCCUGCAUGGCCUCACCCAAUGGGGAGUUCAGCAUCCCUCCUGUCUGCCACCCAAGAGAGCCACUUACUUUUGAUGUGGAUAUUCGCUUCCAGCAGGUGAGCGACCCAGUGGCAGCUGAGUUCAGUCUCAACACUCAGAUGUUCCUGCUUUCCAAGAGAGAGUUAUGGUUGUCUGAUGGUUCCAUGGGUUUUGGAGAAGGAACUGAUGCCGCUUUUUCAGAUGGUUCCAUGAUCUACGGCCGUGUGAUGGUGGACCCGGUCCAGAACCUGGGUGAAUCCUUCUCGUGCAGCAUUGAGAAAGUGUUUCUGUGCACUGGAGCAGAUGGUUACGUUCCCAAAUACAACCCCACAAACAAGGAGUACGGCUGCCUGGCAGAUGCUCCCUCUCUGCUUUACAGAUUCAAGAUCCUGGACAAAGCCCAGCCAGAGACUCAAGCCUUCGCGUUUGGUGAUGUUGCUUUUAAGGCCACAUUGGCCCAAGACACAGCUGGAGCUCUGCCUUUGGUCAAACAACCAGGAUCAGAUGGCUUCACACUGUCUUCCUCACCACUUUUCCAGGUGGCUGCUGGUCGAGAAUGGUUCAUCCACACCAUCUACACUGUCCGCUCCAGAGAAAAUGCCAACCGCAACAUUGGCAAGCGCAGUCUGGAGUACCUCCAUCACAGUAUCUCCUCUGUGGACCAGCCUCAGAUCUCCGACGUGGCCAUCCGCCACCGCCGUGCUGCCCCUGCUUUCUCUGGUCCAGCUCUGGCCCAGGACAUCGGCAUCGAAAACAACCGGGGCACCAACAUCCAGCGCAUUGCCCUGGACCGAGCAGACCGCAUGGUGGUCAACCAGCGCCAGCCCUGGUCCCCAAGCCGGGACCAGUUCCUGGAGCGCCCCCUGCUGGAGAGCUCGGGCAGGGAGCAAGCUGACACCUCCACUCUGCCCAUGUUGGUGGGCAUCGCAGGUCUGAUCCUCCUCAUCUGCCUCAUAGCCACCAUUGUCAUUCUGCUGUUGCGGCGCAAGAAGCGGGAAAAGAAGACCCAGUACCCUCCUUACACCACUUCCUCUUCCUCUGCCUAUAGUGGGUACAACCAAGGCCCAGCAGGUCUGUGGAGCGGCUUAGAUAGCUCUGAGGUCUAAAUAUGGGCCCUGCUCCACUCAAACAUCUGUCCCCUAAUAAAAAAGACUGAUAGUCUCCUCCACCACUGUGCCUUUGAUGCCCAACUGUAGCACUGAAUAGAGCCCAGAACAACCUGUGGACAGCGAAAGAUGUCAGUGCUUGGGGCCUACAUGCAGAGAAUGUACCAGAGUUUUGAGGCUUACUGAUCCCUCAUGAUGAUGGUUAGUUUUCACUGUAAUGUACUCUAGGUUUGUGCCUUUACUGCAGCCUGUUCAGAAUCAUGGUUAUAUGUAGAAGCCCCUUAAAAUGAUAUUCACCUGUUUCAUUAGUUGCCAAGUUGUAAAAUAUUACUCUUUAUCCAGUGUUUGAAAAUGCAUGCAAUGUAGUAAAUGCAGUUGUUUCAUGAGUAAAUGGCAACCAUUUUUAAAUUUCAUAAAAGAAAAUAAUUUUCUAAGUUCAUCCUUUAAAAUUACACUUUUUUUUUAUUACUUUAAUUCACCGUGUUCAUUAUUUUGUUUUAUGGAGUAGAGCAAAAUGGACUGAAUGUUAGCUGAAACUGACCUUAAUGAAUGAUGUGGUAAGUGAUUUUUAGUAUUGAUAUUUUCCUGUUGCGCUUAGAAAAGCCUGCAGUAUACCUGCCCACUGCUGACAACAGUACCACUAUGGUGUCAUUGAAAGGGAUUGUAAAUGUUAUUUUAAGUCUUUUAAAAGUGCAGAAAUUCAUUGUUUUGUUUUUUUUUUUUUUUUACAUUUUUUUCAGAUAAAUGUGGCUGAAAUCAGAUGCAAAACUAUCUGUGUACAUAUCAAUGUAGAACUAUGAGAAAAGGUAUUACUACACCCUGGUGAAACUUGAAAAAACAUGAACUACACAUCUUUCUGGUUUGUUGAUCAAGUCCUGAAAUAACAAGUGCUGUAUAAAAACUAGAAUUUUUCUUCUACAGGUGACCGUAUAUUUCAAUGUGCCAACUGUUAUUUGACUUUUAUGGCUUAAUAAUUUUUGAGACAAUUUCAAAAGUUUGGAUGUAUGUACACUUAAAUUGCCAAAUAUAAGUACCAUUUUUU